CUGGGGCCACUAUAACUUUAACUUUACCAUCCCACUAUAAGAACUCUUGGCGGUCGGUGGUUGGAAAAAUAAAACGCCGGGCUCGAGCUUUGGGAAGAUUUUCUGAAAAAACGGAACUAGAGCCCUACCAACAGCAAUUGCGCGCGCAACCAACACAUCAAUACACAAUGUCUUUUCGCGGUGCACCCCGAGGUCGUGGCGGUGGAUUUGGAGGAGGACGAGGUGGAUUUGCUCCCCGUGGAGGUCGCGGCGGAGCGUCUCAAUCUUUCGGUCCCCCAGCUGAAGUGCUCGAAAUGGGUACCUUUGUGCAUGCAUGCGAGGGCGAAAUGUUUUGCGAAUCCAUAAAUACCAAGAUCCCAUACUUCAACGCACCCAUCUACCUCGAGAACAAGACACCUGUGGGCAAGGUCGAUGAGAUCCUUGGACCGCUCAACCAAGUCUAUUUCACGAUCAAACCACAAGAAGGCAUCCAGGCAGGAUCAUUCAAGUCAGGCGACAAGUUUUUCAUCGGAGGUGACAAACUCCUUCCUCUUGACAGGUUCCUUCCUAAGCCCAAGGCACCCCCGGGUGCACCUAAGCCUAAGCGAGCCGGCGGACGUGGCGGACCACGAGGAGCAGGAGGCCGUGGAGGUCGUGGCGCACCAAGAGGAAGGGGAGGUUUCGGCGACCGUGGUGGACGCGGUGGUUCUCGUGGAUUCGGAGGCGGACGUGGUGGCGGCCGUGGUGGUAGCGGAGGAUUCUCGAGGGGAGCACCCCGUGGUGGUGGCAGGGGUGGCUUCGGUGGACGUGGCCGAGGCUUCUAAGCUGCGGUCGAAAUGUCUGCCAUACGAUAUUGUCACGAUUGAAGACGCAUUUGGUGGUAGAAGCGCUGGCUUUCCACCGAUACUAUCGCGAUCUCCUACGGCGUUCAGGAAAUGGGAUGGGUUGCUCUUCUGUACUCUUUUCAUGGUUCUCUUUGAAGGCACCAAUGGCAUUUGGGCGCAGUGUCGAUUGUCACAUAAAAAAGCCAGGAUCCAAUUUAUACCAAUGUCAAGUCCGA